GUUUCAUGUCCUCAACUCAAUUCCUUUCCCGUUAUUUAUAUCUAGCCGUCUUCAGCUAGUUCCCUGCCUCCCUCGAGUCCCAUAAGUACACUUUGAACCAACAACAAAAUCAAGGGAAAACUCAGUCCGACUACACAGUGUCAUUGUCGUACCGCCUCAACCCGCUCCAUUUCUCUCUCUCCAACCUCCAUCCUCGCCCGUUAUGGCACCCGCCGAGAACCUCAAGAAGAGAAAAAUUGCAGUGCUAGGCUCUCGUUCAGUCGGCAAAUCCUCUCUUGUCAUUCAGUUCAUUGACAACCAGUUCGUCGAAUCCUACUACCCGACUAUCGAGAGCACAUUUGCGAAGACCGUAAAAUAUCGGGGUGCUGAGUACGAUUGCGAAGUAAUUGACACGGCGGGCCAGGACGAAUUUUCCAUCUUUAACUCCAAACAUGCUAUCGGAAUCCAUGGUUAUGUUCUUGUUUACUCUGUCACAUCGCGAAGUUCCUUCGAGAUGAUCCAAGUGGUAUACGAUAAGAUAAUAGACUUCUGUGGUGUUACAGAUAUUCCAUGUGUUAUUGUGGGUUCCAAGGUUGAUUUGGACUCAAGUAGACAAGUCAGUACGCAGGAGGGUGAAAAGCUCGCGCAAAGCUAUCAGGGUGCCUUUGUAGAAACUAGUGCGAAGACCAACCUUAACGUCGGCAAAGUUUUCGAGUACUGCCUCGCAGAAAUCGAAAAGCGUGCUCCGAAUAGCCAGACGGGGGAACCUCAACAAAGCCGUUGUCUCGUCAUGUAGAUGUUCACUUAGCUCGGCAGGUCGGACUAGGACACUCCCGAUGCCAUUCUUUCACCAAUAUUUAUUUUGCAAAGCUCGGUCCACGUGCUUUCCUCGACCAAUUCGAUCCCCCAAUGCAUAUUAGUCUCCUUGUUGCAUGUACCACUU